AUGGUUUAUUUAAUACCGACAAGAUUUUUAUUGCUGGUAAUAUUUUUUUUUAUCUAUCUAUCUAUCUAUCUAUCUAUCUAUCUAUCUAUCUAUCUAUCUAGGUCUCUCCAUAUCUAUCUAUCUAUCUAUCUAUCUAUCUCUUGGUCUCUCCAUAUCUAUCUAUCUAUCUAUCUAUCUUGGUCUCUCCCAUCAUCUAUCUAUCUAUCUAUCUAUCUAUCUUGGUCUCUCCACAUCUAUCUAUCUCUAUCCAUCUAUCUUGGUCUCUUCCACAUCCAUCUAUCUAUCUAUCCAUCUAUCUAUCUAUCUAUCCAUCCAUCUAUCUUGGACUCUUCACAUCCAUCUAUCUAUCCAUCUAUCUAUCUUGGUCUCUUCACAUCCAUCCAUCUAUCCAUCUAUCUAUCCAUCCAUCUAUCUAUCUCUCUUUGUCUCUUCAUAUCUAUCUAUCUAUCUAUUUAUCCAUCUAUCCAUUCAUCCAUCUAUCUAUCUAUCCAUCUAUCUAUCUUGGUCUCUUCCAUCCAUCUAUCCAUCCAUCCAUCCAUCUAUCAUCCAUCUAUCUAUCUUGGUCUCCAUAUCCAUCCAUCUAUCUAUCUAUCUAUCUAUCUAUCUAUCUAUCUAUCUAUCUAUCUUGGUCUCUCCAUCUAUCUAUCUAUCUAUCUAUCUAUCUAUCUAUCUAUCUAUCUAUCUAUCUUGGUCUCUCCAUAUCUAUCUAUCUAUCUAUCUAUCUAUCUAUCUAUCUAUCUAUCUAUCUAUCUCUCUUGGUCUCUCCAUAUCUAUCUAUCUAUCUCUCUUGGUCUCUCCAUAUCUAUCUAUCUCUCUUGGUCUCUCCAUAUCUAUCUAUCUAUCUAUCUAUCUAUCUAUCUAUCUAUCUAUCUAUCGGUUUGUUGCAACAAUUUUUCAACGCAUAACAGCUUUUUUUUCUGA